AAGAAGAAAAGCGGAAGGAAGGUCGCACAAAGGAGGUUUAACUAUGGAUUUUAUGUAUGGCCCGGUGGGUUUGGGUGUUGUGGCAGGACUGGGCUGUGGACUUUUCUUGGGAUGGCACCUCCGGUCACGCUUUGGCUCCACAACCAAACACCUGAUGGCAGUGAUUGAGAACAGUACAGGUGAGACAAGCAUGAUGGCAGAAGGAGGGGCAUUCAAGAUGAUCCUUGUGGUCCGAAAUGACCUGAAGAUGGGUAAAGGGAAGGUCGCGGCCCAGUGCUCCCAUGCUGCAGUGUCUGCAUACAAGCAGGUCCAGCGCCGGAACCCUGAGCUCCUCAAACAGUGGGAGUACUGCGGCCAGCCAAAGGUGGUGGUUAAGGCCCCCGAUGAGGAGGCCCUCAUCGAUCUGCUGAGUCACGCCAAAGAAGUGGGACUUCCCAUCAGUUUGAUCCAAGAUGCAGGAAGAACACAGAUUGCACCUGGAUCACGCACUGUGCUGGGUAUCGGUCCAGGUCCAUCUGAUCUGAUAGACCAUGUCACCGGACACUUAAAGUUGUACUAAAGCUGAUCUACAAGCUGCAGGAUUUGAUGUAAAUCAUGAUUUGUAUGAAGAACAUGGUGUUUUGUCCAUCAUCUUGGUGAGGGUCCUGAUGGUGCUGCAGCGUCCCAGUGCACACCCAAUGAGAGGAGUAAUAUCCGGAUUGUUUACAGAACAUUUACAAAUGUGCAAAUAAUGAAUCACUGUCAUUUUUGAAUCACAAAUGUACCCAAUCUGUACCGCUGUGUGAGGAAGCCGAAUAUCUGAAGAGAACUGACACAGAACAUUUUUCUACAAGUUUUUAAACAUUAAAAAUGAUCGACAAGUCAGUCAAAGUUGUACAUCACUUGGGAAGAGAUGGUGAUUUAGCACUUCAGGGGCUUAUGUGCCAAAUGAUUUCAGUCACUCCGAUAGAGGGUCAUGAAAAUGCUGCACGUGUGUCCCUCUAAAACUCUGUACACCCUAUAACUUUUCAUAGAUUUGAGAUACAUUUACCAAAUUUGUAGCAGGGAUGCAUCUCUUGAAGGUCUAGGGCAAGAUUGAUGAGGAGUUACCCGGAUCAAAUUCUGAAGGUCACUGAGCCAAAACUUGUGUGUCAUGAAGACUGUACUCUCAAUAACUGUCCAAGGAUUUCAAACAGGUUCCUCAAAUACUUCAAUGUUGCUUCAAGGUCUAGGCCACCUUCAUUGAUGACUGAACUAAUGAGGUCAUAGGGCCAAUAUUCCACAAGACUUUACACUAUACUCUCAAUAGCUUUUCAAACAAAUAACACACGUUUACCAAAUUUGGAGCAAGGAAAUAUCUCUUGAAGGUCUAGGUCAGGUUUGAUGAUGAAUGGCCUUCAUUUAGCUUUGAAGGUCACAGAGCCAAACAUUGUCCGUGUAUGAACACUAACCUCUCUAUAAAUUCCAGGAGUUUUAUUUGCAGCAAGGAUGGAGUGCUUGAAGAUCUAAGUUAGGUUCCUACUUCAGCAUGAGCCUUCAUGCCAUUUUCACUCAGAACGUAAAAACCUUUUUCAAACCAAUAAAAGAAUGAUUU